UGACGAUCUCAUUAUGAUCACCACCGUUUUCUUCUUUUUCCUCCCUUAUAAACUAGGACUCCGACGCCUCAAGGAGAGCACACACCAAUUUCCUUCUCUUCUCUCUAUCUAGCUAACACCAGCUAGCUAGCUAGCAUAAACGUCGAGGAAAGCAAGUUGAUUGUUCUUGGCCGGAAGCAAGAUCAAGAAAUUAACAAAAAAUGUCGUCCAAUAUUAAUACUGAAAACUGGAUGAAAGAUAUUGGGGUGCUUGAUCAUCUAAGUGGUGUCGGAGAAGGAAGUACUUCUGCAGCAACAAAGAAUAUCACUGCACUUGUGGUAGACGAUGACUCUGUAAACCAGAUGAUUCACAGCAAAAUCUUGGAAAAUCUAGGCAUACAAAAUCAGGUGGUGAGGAAUGGCAAAGAGGCUGUUGAUCUCCAUUCUUCAGGAAACAACUUUGACCUCAUUUUGAUGGACAUGGAUAUGCCUGUCAUGAAUGGCAUCGAGGCAACGAGGAAACUCCGAGCGAUGGGCGUUCGUAGUAUUAUUGCGGGAGUAUCGACAUGCACAAGAGAUGAGCUAGAACAAAAGGAGUUCAUGGCAGCUGGGCUUGAUGAUUUUCAAGAGAAGCCUUUGACAACCCCCAAGCUGGUUUCAAUCCUUCAAAAGGUCAACAAAAAAUGUUGAAUAAUUGCUAAAUACUACAGAAGGCUGGCUGAAGAAAAGGACGGAAUAACAUGAAGUUAUACAAAUAAAACUACUCUUUUUGUUUUGUUUUGUCUUUUCGGGGGUUGCAGACAAUGCAUGAUCAGAAACUGUAACUCUUAGAAUCAUGUCUUCCAACAUGAGAAAAUGGAAAUGUUUUCAAUAAAGUAGUCUGCAUGCU